AUGCUACAAUUCAUCGCAAGCUCGCGGCUCAAGAUUCUAAGCUCAAGCAACGGUUUACUCCUCUGUCUUCAUGGAACAGAAUUAUUUAUCAUCAAUCCAGCAACUUGUUACCUUUUAGACAUUCCCCUCCCCAACCACUUGCAGCAGCGAAGGAAUUUUCCUAGUGUCUCCAUGACACUGGAAUGUGACUCUGAUGAUUACAGGUUGAUUCUUUUUGACAAUGAAGAGUGGAGUUCACAUUUUGAUUGCCAUGUUUAUAGUCAUAAACAAGGUGCUUGGAGCUUAAGAAAGAACCGUUUCUUUGCUGGUUCUAGGAAUUUGAAUUUUGACAAGCCUGUGAUUUGCAAUGGCGCCAUUCACUUCAUCUCGGAUUGCUACAGGUAUCUUGCUAAAGAUAGCACUCAUUUUAGGCCUUAUAUCAUGUCUUAUGAAAUCACAACCGGCGAUGAAGAUGGAAGUGUUGAAACCAAGUUAUUAAGGGUUCCUAAAGAAGCAAGAAGGGGCUCCCAUGAUGACAGUUGCAAUAUGAAUAUUUUCAAGUGGGGAGCAGUUGCUGGCCAUCAAACUAUUUGCUUAGUGAGAUUGAGAAAGCGUGUGUUUACGGUUUGGAUUCUAACAAACUAUGAAUCGAGUUCGUGGAGAAGGAUCUUGAAGGUGAGAGUGAAAGGAAUGGGUUUAGUGGAACAGAAUCCUGAGAUCAGAGGCUUUACCGUUUUGAAUGGUUAUCUUGUUUUUGCUACGAAAAAGAAGGUGUACACAUAUGGUUUAACUAGUGAGAAAUAUAUGGUGCUCUCGAAAAUUUGUGACCAUGGGUGUGAAUCUAGAUUUGUUCGUUUUGUUCCUUAUUCAGAUACUCUUCGUCCAUGUGGAAUUGGUGCCAAAAGUUUGCGUCCUUAUCUUCAAUUAAGGAAACAUGACCAAGCCGAAAAAGUUAGAAUUAGACCCGUUAAAUGA